AUGACGCCUUUGAAACCCCGCAUUCUUUUCUUUAACCCAGUCCGCCAUGCGUUGGCCGCAUACGAGGCCCUCUCUGCCGUUGCAGCACCAGAGGUGGUGACAAGCAAGUCUCGGGCAGAGCUUUUUGCAGACCUAAAGGGUCGGUAUAGAGACAUCAGGGCCAUCUAUCGGACUUCUGCCAGCGGAGCGGUUGCUGGAAACUUCGACAAGGAGCUCAUUGACCAUCUUCCAUCAUCUCUCAAGUAUAUCUGCCAUACCGGUGCCGGAUACGACCAAAUUGAUAUAGAUGCUUGUACUCAGCGCAACAUUACCGUCACAUAUGCUCCGGACCCCGUCACUGACGCCACUGCGGACUUGACGAUCUUCCUCCUUCUGGGCGCCGUUAGACGACUUAAUCCGUCUCUGAAAUCACUCAGGGAGGGCAAAUUUAAGCAAGGGAUCGACGUCGGCCAUGACCCCAAAGGGAAAACAUUGGGAAUCCUUGGCAUGGGUCGGAUCGGACGGGCAGUUAAGCAUAGAGCGGCACCAUUCGGUCUAAAGGUUAUCUACCAUAACCGCAAACCGCUGUCAGCUGACCUUGCUGCCGGCUGUCCAUACGUAUCAUUUGACGAGUUGCUGAGGACGAGCGAUAUCAUAUCGAUCCAUAUCCCGCUGUCGGCCGCAACUCAUCACUUGAUCGGUGAGACCGAGAUUGCCAAGAUGAAGCCAGGCGUGGUCAUCGUGAAUACAGCCCGCGGGGCGAUUAUCGACGAAGCAGCGAUGGCGGCCGGGCUGGAAGACGGCCGCAUCGCCGCUGUUGGUCUUGAUGUUUACGAAAAGGAACCAGAAAUCAAUGAACGGUUAAUCAAGAAUGACCGAGCGAUAUUGGUACCCCAUUUGGGUACGCACACCGUCGAGACAUUGACCGAGAUGGAGUCUCUAGCUAUGGAAAACGCCAGGCGAGGAGUGUGUGAGGAGGAGCUGCUGACGAUUGUCCCUGAGCAAUUGGCCUAG